AUGCAAGAUGAAGAUAACCCGUUUCUAAAUAGAGUUUUACCCCAUGCUGUAUGCGAUUUUGUUGCAAAACUGGAUGACCUACAAAAAAAAAAAACUGUCCGAGAAAUCGGGUUUGGGCACCUUCUGGAUAUCAAAUUUGAGAGGUUUGACGAUCCAGAUUUAUGCAAAUACCUUCUGGACAACUAUGACCUCCAAUUUUCACGGGUGAUAACUCAAGGAAACCAACAGCUGACAAUAGAUGGGGCAGAUGUGGAGGCCGUACUGGGCUUACCACGAGGUCGGUAUGAAGUGGUAAACUAUGUUGAAGGAAAAGGGAGUGAAGAGUACACAAGGCUGGUUGAUGAAAUGAGAAUAACAUUUGGUUUAGAUAUAGGCAAAGGAGGUCCACCAGCAAAUAGACUGUUGAACUAUCUGGUUGGUGGGAGGAUGAAAAAAAAAGGAGUGGAACCAGACCCGGCAACUUUUACAGACCGUAUAUAUGGAGAUAAGUUCAAAAGAUGGUUCGUCAUCAGAGUUGUAUCCAGGCCACUAGUCUUUGUUGUGCUCGCAUACAUGGAUCGUGUCAUACCCGAUUCAAAAUAUAGAAGAUCACGCAAAUUCCCAGUAAUUGCUCAUUGGACGACUGAUGAUGUGAAUAAAAGGGCAGCACACGAGAGAAAGGGAAAUGGUUUCGGUAGUUGUAUUAUUCACCAAAAGCCUAUAGAUCCAACAUCAAACCCUGAACCAAUAACUGAACAACAGCAGAAUGUAAAGGAACUGGAUUUGGCCGAAAGGUUUCAGGACAUAAUGAUCAAUGAUAUGAGGCCAUUGCUAAUAAAACUUGAAAAAUUAUUUGAAGAAGCAAAAUCUGCAGGAAUUAGCAGCCAAUCUGAGCUAGCGAGAUUAUUCUUCAACUACACAAAGACAAUCAACAACAUGGUUGUUGAAAUUGCCAAAGCUCCUGACAAUGUUAAUGAGGAACAAAGAAAUGAAGGAUAA